CUCCUUCACCGCAGCAGCAUUGAGCCCUGUGUCUGCCCGUGAGGCCUGCGAUGAGACCUCCCGCUUCGCCAUAGGCUCACUGCCCUCCUCCGAUCCCCUCCUUGACCCGAGGGCAGGAACGCGCCCUACACGCCCGCACCCACCGCAAUGGCGCCCUCCUCGACCGACACUCAGUGGUCGACAGCAUUCGACACCGCACGUCGACAGCGCCUUUUCCAGAGCCCGCCUACGGACCGCACCGCGUAUCCCACCCUCGCCGCGACCGUUGCGCCGCACAUCGAUUCCUUCAACACCGUCUUCGCGAAAGGCGGGCUGCUUGAGCAUGGCAUUGGCGACAUUGGCACCAAGAUAUUCCUCGACGGCGACCCUUAUGCGCAACCGGGGCAGACCGGCGAGAGAAACCGCCUCCAUGUCCGGAUCCAGGACGUCUUCCUCGACAAGUCCGCCCUCCCCCAGUCAAACAAAUUCGCGCUCAAGAACCGCACCAUCUUCCCCGCAGAAUGCAGAGAACGGCACGCCACCUACCGGGGCAAGCUGCGCGCCCGGAUAGAGUGGAAGGUGGGCACUGGGGACUGGCAGGAGUCGGUGCGCGACCUGGGCUAUGUGCCUAUUAUGUUGAGGUCGAGCAAGUGUCAUCUCGAGAACAUGACCCCGAACCAGCUAAUGAAGGCGAAAGAAGAGACCGAGGAGCUCGGUGGAUACUUCAUCGUCAAUGGCAUUGAGAAGAUAAUCCGGAUGCUGCUCGUGAAUAGGCGUAACUAUCCAAUGGCUAUCAAGCGGGGUGCUUUCACGAAUCGUGGGCCCGGGUACACACCAUACGGUAUUCAAAUCCGAUGUGUGCGCCCCGACCAGACGUCACAGACCAAUGCACUCCACUAUCUGGGCGACGGUAAUGUCAACCUAAGGUUUUCGUGGAGGAAGGCCGAAUACUUGAUACCGGCCGUGAUGGCUCUAAAAGCGCUAGUCGAGACGAAUGACCGGGAGAUUUUUGAGGGCAUCGUCGGUGCAGCAGGCUCCCACGGCCUUGAUGAGAAGCAGUUCGUGACAGAUCGUGUGGAAUUACUCCUCCGCACAUACAAGGUCUAUGGGUUGCACUCGAAGGCAAAGACUAGAGCUUACCUCGGAGAAAAAUUCAAGGUCGUCUUGCAGGUUCCCGAGGACAUGAGCAACGAGGAUGCCGGUACGGAGUUUUUGCGGAGGAUCGUCUUGCCCCAUCUAGGUUCCCACAAUGUCACGGAAAGUCAAGAUGCCGACAAGUUCAGGAUGCUCCUCUUCAUGAUCCGGAAGCUCUAUGCUUUAGUGGAAGGAGAGUGCUCGGUUGACAACCCUGAUGCGGUUCAACAUCAGGAAGUACUGCUUGGUGGUCAUCUCUUCGGCAUGAUCAUGAAGGAGAAGUUAGAUGAAUGGCUAAAUUCGCUACGAUUGCCACUUCAAGAUUGGGGGCGGAAGAAUGAUUGGCCCUCCUUUAAGUCCAACGAAUUCCAGAGGGACUUUCUCCCCAAAAUACUGAAACGAACCAACGAAAACGUCGGCCAAGCUUUGGAAUACUUUUUGUCUACCGGAAACCUUGUCAGUCCCACUGGAUUGGAUCUGCAGCAGACCGCUGGCUUCACUGUGGUUGCAGAGAAGAUCAAUUUUUAUCGGUUUAUUAGUCACUUCCGAAUGGUGCACAGAGGUGCAUUUUUUGCUCAGCUGAAGACGACCACGGUAAGAAAACUACUCCCCGAAAGCUGGGGAUUCUUGUGUCCUGUUCACACCCCUGAUGGAGGCCCGUGCGGGUUACUCAACCAUCUUGCGCACAAAUGCAAGUUAGCCACACAGAGUGUCGAGGUUUCGGCGAUCCCAGGACUGGUUGCUCAACUAGGAGUUUCGAGUAAAUCCUCCGCAUCCCUUGAGGCGAGUGUGGUGGUACAGCUCGACGGUCGGGUACUGGGUUUCUGCUCACCAAAGCAAGCCAAAGUCAUUGGGGAUACUCUACGGUAUUGGAAAGUCGAAGGCUCGCAUAAUGUACCUCGAGAGCUUGAGAUUGGAUACAUUCCGAAUUCCAGUCGAGGCCAAUAUCCUGGAGUUUAUAUGUUCUCUCAAGCGGCGCGAAUGUACCGACCUGUUAAAUACCUACCCCUCGAUAAACUGGACUACGUAGGACCAUUUGAGCAACCGUUCAUGUCGAUAGCGUGCACCGACCCAGAGGUCGUGUCAGGCGACUCCACACAUGUUGAAUAUGACCCGACCAACAUCUUGUCCAUUCUUGCCAACAUGACGCCAUUCUCUGAUUUCAACCAAUCCCCCAGAAACAUGUACCAGUGUCAGAUGGGAAAGCAGUCGAUGGGGACUCCGGGAACGGCCUUGCGAUACCGAACCGACAAUAAGACCUACCGAUUGCAAACUGGUCAGACGCCGGUUGUGCGACCACCUCUCCACAACGAAUAUGGCCUCGACAAUUUCCCCAACGGAAUGAAUGCCGUUGUGGCUGUCAUUUCGUAUACAGGUUACGACAUGGACGACGCUAUGAUCUUGAAUAAGUCUGCCCAUGAACGCGGCUUCGGCCACGGGACUAUCUAUAAGACGAAGGUCUGUGAUCUAGAGGAGGGUUCGAGGAAACACAGAUCUUCCAAGGCAAUUACAAAACUAUUCGGGUUUGCUCCAGAUGGGGUCAUUAGGGCCAUUUGGAGGGAGAAACUGGAUGACGACGGAUUGCCUUUAAUCGGAACCGAGCUAAAGUCGGGGGACAUUAUCGCUGCGUGGCACACUGUUUCGUUUGACCCAGCGUCGGGUGAGUACAUCAACCGUGACUCGGAAACCAACUUUUUCAAAUACAAGGAAGACGAGGUUGCCUUUGUGGAAGAGGUCCGCAUUAUCGGCUCUGAAUCCGGCACCGAGCCUUGCCAGAAAAUCAGCAUCAAGCUGCGCGUCCCACGUUCCCCUGUCAUCGGCGACAAAUUCUCCUCCCGUCAUGGACAGAAAGGUGUGUGUUCGCAGAAAUGGCCUGCAGUCGACAUGCCCUUUUCCGAAUCCGGCAUUCAGCCUGACAUCAUCAUCAACCCGCACGCUUUCCCGUCUCGAAUGACUAUCGGUAUGUUCGUCGAGUCACUGGCCGGAAAAUCAGGCGCACUGCAUGGACUGGCGCAGGAUUCAACUCCAUUCCGCUUCGACGAGCAGAACACGGCGGUGGACUACUUCGGCCACCAACUCAUGAAAGCCGGGUUUAAUUACUACGGCAACGAACCUAUGUACAGCGGUAUCACGGGCCAGGAACUCGCUGCUGAUAUUUACAUGGGUGUGGUAUACUACCAGCGUUUGCGUCACAUGGUCAACGAUAAAUAUCAAGUUAGAACUACGGGUCCAAUCAACCAGCUCACCGGUCAACCCAUUAAGGGAAGGAAGAAAGGUGGUGGUAUUCGUGUUGGAGAAAUGGAGCGCGAUGCUUUACUCGCCCAUGGCACUGCCUUCUUGCUCCAGGAUCGUUUAAUGAAUUGCUCGGAUUACACGAAAGCAGCCAUUUGUCGAGCGUGUGGUAGUUUCUUGUCUACAGCACCGACGGUUGGCGAGUAUGAGAGGAAGAAGAAGGGGAGUCCGACGGUCCGAUGUAGACGGUGUUCGAGGCUAGCUGAGGGCGUUGAGAGUAAGAGUGAGGUUUGGGCGGAUGGGCAGGGAUUAAGGUAUACUGGGGGGGACGAUGUGGCCGUUGUGGCAGUGCCGGGAGUGCUUAAGUAUCUCGAUGUUGAGUUAGCGAGUAUGGGGAUCAGACUCAAAUUCAAGGUUGAGCCCUGAGGAGAAUGGCAGCCUAGUUAGUUGAUGUAGCAUUAUCUGGCGUAUGGAAAAAAUAAAGGGUUUGGAAGGGCUAGCGGCGUACAGUUCACGAAUACCAAAAGUUAACAUCGCAUGGAAAUAUCCUCAUUCAAGGAGUGAAGGAAGCCAUUUGAAGGUCUAGUAUUUUGAGGAACGUAUGGAAGGGUCGUAAGAAUCGUUUUGAGGAGAAGAGUUGGAAUGUAACCGUUUGAGUGAG